AUGGAGGCUGGCGGGUGGGCAGGGAGCCGGGCGGCGGCGGGCGCGGUUUCGGGCGCGGGGCGGCGGGACCGCGGCCAGAGCGACGAGCGGUGGGGCCGGGGCCUCGGGCGCCUGCGGGCGCGGGCGGAGGGAAGCGCGGAGACACCGGCGGCUCGCCCCGGUUUCCCCCAUUCCGGUGGGCGCCGGCCGGAAUCCCAGCCCAGCGCAGACCCGGGCGGGAGACCUCCCCUCCGUCGCGUCCACUAUAAGCAACGCACCGACGCCCCCACAACGAGCCAUGACCCCACCGUCGCCCCCAUCAUGCCGCCGCUCCUCAUGCUCCUCCUCGCCGCGCUCGCCCCGGCCCUCUCCCACGCCGCCGCCGGAGGAGGCGCCGGGUUCUACGACCCGGCGCGGGUCACCCAGAUCUCCUGGUGCCCCAGGGCAUUCCUGUACAGCGGCUUCCUCUCGCACGCCGAGUGCGACCACCUCAUCAAGCUGGCCAAGGGGAGGCUGGAGAAGUCGAUGGUGGCGGACAACGAGUCCGGGAAGAGUGUCAUGAGUCAGGUGCGCACAAGCUCCGGCACCUUCUUGUCCAAGCGCGAGGAUGAAAUUAUCUCUGGAAUUGAAAAGCGUGUAGCUGCUUGGACGUUUCUCCCUGAAGAAAAUGCCGAGUCAAUGCAGGUUCUGCAUUAUGAAGUUGGUCAGAAGUAUGAUGCCCACUUCGAUUAUUUUAGUGACAAAAAGAACAUAAAGCGUGGUGGUCAUCGAGUUGCCACUGUUCUUAUGUACCUGACAGAUGUGAAGAAGGGUGGAGAGACCGUGUUCCCAAUUGCUGAGGGAAGAGAUUUACAACAUAAGGAUGAAACGUGGUCGGAGUGCGCGAGACAUGGCCUGGCAGUGAAGCCAAGAAAAGGCGAUGCGCUACUGUUUUUCAGUCUCCACGUUAACGCGACAACAGAUCGGAGCAGUCUUCACGCGAGCUGCCCAGUAGUAGAGGGCGAGAAGUGGUCUGCCACAAAAUGGAUCCACGUCCGGUCAUUCGACAACCCUCCAGAUGUUAUGGCGGACACACGGUGUUCUGAUGCCAAUGAGCAAUGCCCUAGAUGGGCUGCUCUUGGGGAGUGUUACAAGAAUGCAAAAUACAUGGUGGGCACGAAGGACACCCUCGGGUCUUGCCGCAAAAGUUGCGGGGUCUGCGAUGCUUGAACCCCCGCACCAAUCUUAACUGAAUUUGCAUGGUUACUGAGAUGUAGAUUACAAAACCAAAUAGGUUCUUAGUAGCAUGGCAUUAGAUGUUUGCUCUUCUUGCCAUGCAGUUUGACCUCAGAGCAUCUUGAUAUAAAGCAAAAAGGGAAUUGACUUCGUUUCAGAAGAAUUUGGACAUAACCAGAUGGUAUCAAGUAUUUCCAACAUUGUCUUGCCCAAAUCUCUUUCAAUUC